UGCUGGGAAACAGAGUGUUGCUGGUCCGCUGACGAACCUCAGCAGGCUGUCAGAAAGAAAACCAAGUAGCCUUUUUUCUGCUUCACAUUACCAACUGUCUCGCUUCUAUCAGGUAUUUCCCCAUGACACGUAGUUAGCAAACUAAGAAGCAAAAGCUACGAACUCCUUUGAGUUGAAACGUUGACAACAUAACAGCAGUUGGCUCAUUUUGGUUAGUAAAUACCGGUUAGCUACAGUUAAAGUUAGUGGGUCUCGAACCUUGAAACACGUUGAGUUUACGUUGUUUAAUAACUUGUUUUUUUGUGGAUAUCGCUGCCAGUCGAGCCUGCGGCUUCACUUGUUUAGCCGUGUUUCAUUCCAUCAGAGAGGCUCCGCUGGUCCUCCAUCACCCGCACUCCCUCCGCGCCGUCCUUCGGCAGAAUGGGCCGCACGUACAUAGUGGAAGAUGUCGUGGAGGGAUAUCUGACUAAACAGUGUGAACAAACCGCAGGUCCAGUCAGCGGCCUGCUCAUUGGACAGAGCUCAACCCAGAGGGAGUAUGUCGUCACGGCAACUCGGACCCCCCAAAGGGAGGAGUCUACUGCAUCGGGUGGGAACUCCCCGGACAAGGAGUGGGUGACUGAGCAUGCCCGCCAGGUGUCUCGGAUGUUGCCCGGAGGCCUCUCUGUAUUGGGAGUCUUCAUCGUCACUGACACCGACGCCAAGGACACACUCACCACACUGCGACAGCUGGUCUUUGCAGUGGAGAACCUGAUCUCCUCAGAGCGUCUGUGGACCUCGGCAGAGGAUGACGUCUCCGACCGCGUUGUGCUGCACGUCAACCCCAAAACCAGAAAAACCUUAUGCCGAACCUUCGACGUCAAGGACCCCAAGAGCGUGGCCAAGCCUGCAGACUGGAAAUACCAGUCGGGCGUGUGUUCUUCCUGGAGCACGGUGUCCUGCUGCGUGAGCGUGGACGUGUUGCUGCCGCUGCCAGACAAUCCAACGGCUACGGAGGACACGGCCAAAUGUCUAAAGGAGGGGCUCAGAGGGUGGGCACACCAGCUGGAGAGCGCCGUCUGUCUGAUCGACGGGAGGAGGCUGGCAGCGGACGCUGAGCUCGCCGGAGGACAGAAGAGGAACGUGAGACAGACGUACUCCGCUCAGUUACUCAUCACACCGGAUGAGCGCAGGUUGGCGGAGGGGGUCCAGCGGUGCGGAGGCAGCGUGUCAGUCAGCGGAGCGGUCUACAGCACAGCGUACCUGCACAGCAACAAACCCAAGGCCCGACAGGCCGAGAAGCUGCUGAAGAGGGACGCGGUCUCCACGCUGACCACGAGGGCUCAGAUGCUGCUGGAGGAGCUGCUGACGUCGGGAGGGGCGAGCGAGGGCAGCAGCAGAGACGAACAUCAGAGAGAGCAAUUCUGUCUCCCUCAUCGCGUCUUCUGUCCGGUGGAAGCGAGCGGCCCGGUGUGCGUGUGCGACUACCGCUUCAGCGACGAGGGCCUGUCUGAGGUGAUUGACAGGCUGAAGGAGAUGCUGGACAUGGACGCAGCAGAGAAAGACCUGGACAUCAGGCGGGAGACACCUGCCGAGGUCUUGGAGGGAGAUGCCGCAGACGGUAGGACGAAGCCCACGGUGGAAACCGCUGAAGCGCUGCAAUCCAAGAGGAACUACUUUGGCGCUGCCAUGGCAACCACCGUCGCCCUGCUUGCCACUGCUGCCUCGAUGCUCUAUCUCAACGAUGUUUGAUACACAUGCAUUUGCCAAAUAAGAUGUUGGUUUUAUUUGGCGUGACUUCAAAUGGAGCCGUUGCAUAUGAGUUCGUAAUGUUUAUGGAUUUAUGAGCUGAAUGGUUUAUUUACAAUGUGUUGGUUUUGAUAAAGAUGUAGCGGGGACUUAAAGAAUAACUGAACAACCCUUGAAAA